AUGUGGAACACCCCAGAUUCGAAACGGAACAUUGAUGCCAUUGCCCGCGUCAACUUCCUCCAUAGCCGUUGGAGACAAGCCGGCAAGAUCUCCAACGACGACAUGUUGUACACUCUCAGUCUCUUUGUUUUGGAGCCCAUGCGUUGGGCAGCCUUAUACGAGUGGAGAGACCUCACUAUGUUCGAGAAAAAUGCUCUGGCAAUCUUCUGGAAAGACUUAGGAAACGAAAUGGGCAUCUCCUACGAAUGUCUGGCACCAUACACGCACAAAGAGAACGACGCUCUUGCCUGGCUUGAAUCACUUCAGAAAUGGUGUUCAAAGUACCAAGAACAUCAUAUGGUCUAUGCUAUCGCCAACGAAAAGCUCGCCCGUGCGAACGUGAAACUUCUUCUCAUGGAUUUUCCGAAGUUCACGCACGAUUUCGUCUUCAAGCAACUGCGUUGUCUUAUGGAACCCCAACUUCGACACGCCUUUGGGUGA